AUGGAGAAGAUGAAUUUCCCGCAGAAAUUGAUCGCUUGGAUCAAAGGUUGCUUGGUUUCGGGUAUGGGUUCGGUUCUUGUAAACGGGUCACCGACAAAAGAAUUUAAACACAAGAGAAGGUUAAGGCAAGUUGACCCGCUUUCCCCUUUUCUUUUUAUCAUUGCAAUGGGGAUAGUAAUUAUGUUCAUGAAAAGGGCGAGUAAUCUGGGUUUAUUCCAUGGUUGCCAACUUCCAAAUGGAGGGCCGAACAUUUCCCAUCUUUGCUAUGCGAAAGAUGUCCUAUUUAUCGGAGUUUGGUCGGAGCAUAAUAUUACGGCUCUAAACCGCCUCUUGAGGUGGCUCAGUCUUGUUUCGGGCCUUAAAGUAAACCGUAGUAAAUGUAAAUUAUUUGGCAUUGGAGUCACCGACUCUGAGGUGGCUCGCUUAGCGCGAGUGGCAAAUUGUGAAACUGGAUCUCUCCCUUUUAUGUAUUUGGGCAUCCCUAUUGGAGUCAAAAUGAAAAGAGCUAAGUAUUGGAAACCGGUUCUGGACAGAUUCAUAUUGAAAUUAUAA